AAAUUCCACCAGUCUUCUCCCUUCACCUCCUCCGUCCCAUUCCUCCAUGUCCUGGAGAGUGUGUUAUACUGCUUUGUCGUUCAGGGACUUCAUUACUCAGAAGGUAGCAUAUAAAACACUUACGUAAUGCAAGUUUUAUUCCUAUUUAUAAAGUCAUUGAUCAGAUAUUGCAACAACUUCCAAACAAUGUCAAGUAAGCAAUAACUGCCGUGCAAAGGUAUGCUACAACCUAACACAGUACAUUAAGGGCUCUCAGCCAUUGACUCUCUGAUACUGCAGGAGCCUUAGCACCACUUCAGGAGUUAAUUGGAGUCUACUUUUCUUUGGAGAGCAGUGUUCCAUCAUUCUAUGUAACUCAGCAACCACAUUCUCCGUGAGCUUCCCAAGAGAAGAGAGGGGGAGUGUGGGAGAAACAGGUUGCCAAACCCACUUAGGCACACUCCGCAUAGAUUAACCCACCAAAUUAAAAGGCGGGAGGUGACCCUAGCCAACAUUAAAAGCGCUCAGAGUUCUGAUGCGAAUUAGAGCAGGACACGAUUCCUGUAAUAUCCGAGCCACCACAAAAGUUCUUGAGGGCAUCUUUUGUGGGUUCUCCAUCUUCCCUUCCCUCUCUGCCAUCAUCUAUUGCCUUUCUGGGCCCUCUCUUUUCCCUACUUUCUGUGUCAUUCCUCCGGCACUGGCACUGUAGACAUUAGGCAUUGCCGGCCCGUUUGUUAAAUCAGUACAUGCAAGCCAAACUUCUUGCACUAAUGAAAGCAUCCCUCAAAAUUCCACUGUUGUCAUCUCAAAAGCGUUUCUCAGUGCUGCCCGGCUAAAGGAAACCAACAAAUGACAAGGUGCAGCGGCGGUUCAAGUAGGGGAUCCCGGCCUCAUCUCGCCAUAAUAUAACUGGCUGGAAAGUGGAAUGGCUGGAAGACGUGAGAAAGCUGGACGUCAGAUGUUCAACCUAAGCAAACUCAGACGCGCAAGCGCGUGGCGCAGAGCCAGUCUCUCGAGGCCGCAUCGCAGCGCCUGCGCACAGAAUCUGGAGAGGAGUGGGAAGGGGAGAACAGCGGUGGGGUUUAGCGCUCCCACCGCCUCAGCUCCGCUCAGCUUGCAAGCCCCGCCUCCACCAGCUGCUCGUCUUCCCAAACAACCGGGUGCGACCCCUCCCCCUGGCGCUCUCCGUCUAUUGGCCCUCGGCCCUUUCCGUUUCCGCCCAGCCCUCGAUAAUCCACCAAUCAGCUUGUGCGCUUGGGUAAGCGCCCCCUCAGGCCGUCGCUCCGGCUCUUCUGCCUCCUCCCGCUGCUGCCUCCGCUGCUGCCUCCUUUCCGACCUCCUUCGUCAGGCGGGCGUCUGCGGGGGUCUGAGGGGCGGCGGCGGCGGCGGCAGCGAUAUGGAGCUUGAGACCGGCGGCCGAAGUGCUGCUCGCGGACACGACGCCGGACACCCAAGAAUUCCGCCACCACGGGAGCAGGAGCGGAAGCUGGAGCAGGAGAAGCUGUCCGGGGUGGUGAAGAGCGUCCACCGGCGGCUCCGCAAGAAGUACCGGGAAGUGGGAGAUUUUGAUAAGAUCUGGCGAGAACAUUGUGAGGAUGAGGAAACACUUUGUGAAUAUGCUGUUGCAAUGAAAAAUUUGGCAGAUAAUCAUUGGGCAAAAACUUGUGAGGGCGAAGGUCGUAUUGAAUGGUGUUGUAGUGUAUGCAGAGAAUACUUCCAAAAUGGUGGAAAGAGAAAAGCACUUGAAAAAGAUGAAAAAAGAGCUGUACUCGCCACUAAGACCACUCCAGCCUUAAAUACACAUGAGUCUUCUAAACUUGAAGGUCAUUUAACCAACCUCAGCUUUACAAACCCUGAAAUUAUAACUGAGUUACUACAAACCUCAGGAAAGAUCAGAUUACUUGAUGUUGGCAGCUGCUUUAACCCAUUUCUGAAGUUUGAAGAAUUUCUAACUGUUGGCAUAGACAUUGUACCUGCUGUAGAGAGUGUGUAUAAGUGUGACUUCCUGAACUUGCAGCUUCAGCAACCACUCCAGCUUGCACAGGACGCUGUAGAUGCCUUUUUGAAGCAGCUGAAAAACCCUAUAGAUUCUCUUCCUGGAGAACUUUUCCAUGUGGUUGUUUUCUCUCUGCUUCUUUCUUAUUUUCCAUCACCUUACCAGCGAUGGAUUUGCUGCAAGAAAGCCCAUGAACUGUUGGUGUUAAAUGGUUUAUUGCUUAUCAUCACACCUGAUUCCUCCCAUCAGAAUCGUCAUGCUAUGAUGAUGAAAAGCUGGAAGAUUGCUAUAGAGUCCCUGGGCUUUAAACGUUUCAAGUAUUCAAAAUUUUCACAUAUGCAUCUGAUGGCAUUUAGAAAAAUCUCCCUAAAAACCACAAGUGACUUGGUUAGUAGGAACUACCCAGGGAUGUUAUAUAUUCCUCAAGAUUUCAACAGUAUAGAAGACGAGGAAUAUUCUAACCCUUCCUGCUAUGUUCGAUCAGAUAUAGAAGAUGAACAACUAGCCUGUGGCUUCACAGAGCUCCCUGAUGCUCCCUACGACUCAGAUUCUGGAGAGAGUCAAGCCAGCUCCAUUCCUUUCUAUGAGCUAGAAGAUCCCAUAUUACUUUUAAGUUAAUGUAAAAGCAAAAGGCCCCUUCAGUCCAGACUCCUAAACUAAUUGCUUACACUAAUCAGAAAUACUAACAUGAACUCAGUACUUAAAAUCUGGUUUGCAUAGGAGAAAUACACAGGUUUACAGAGUUUAUUAUUUUUUUCUGCUUCUGGAUUUUAAAAUUUAUUCUUAUAUAGAAUAUAUAAAGUUUCAUGCAGAGUGACUGUUACUUUUAGCAUUUAGCACUAAGAUAUCACAGAAAGGUACCUUUUUCUCUUUAGUGUUAUUGUGAAAAAUGAAGCGUAAUUUGCUAUGUAUUUUCUUCUUUUUUCUGUCUUUUCUAUGUUGACUUUAAACCACUGCAUUGAGAAACUUUAAGGUAAGUAGAAAGCUGUAGACUUCACUUGGAUGAUUCACAAGUUAAAUGUGACACAGAUAGAUUGGUUUAGUUAUUUUGUGAUGCACUUACUCUAUUUUCUAACUAAAUUAUCUGUUACAGAAAGCCAUUUUCUGUAUUCAGUUUUGUCUGAUGAUCCAACAUUUCCUAAAUUUUUUAGAAUAGGUUGCUUUUUUCCUUAUUCUUGCUCAUUUUACAACAUCAGACAUUGGGGUACAGAUUUCCCCAAAAGUAUAUAUUGUAAUUUGAUUAGCACAGUACAAUAAACACCAUUGCCAAAGUAAAAUUUUCAUCUUUCUUAUUGAUUUGGGCCUUGGUGUUAAGUAUAUUUAACUGUGAGAGUUCACUUUUACUCUUUUUAUUUAGAUUUCAUUACAAAAUGUUCUAUUUAAGCAAGGAACAAUAUAUACUCAAUAGUGACCUGAAACACCUUUGUGAAAGGGUUUGCACUUGUAAGAGAGCUUAUAUUUUAUCUAGACCAACCUUGAUAAAAGGUCCUCACCUUUCCGUUAGGGAAAUGCUGCACUACAAGUUUGAAAUUAUAUAGAAAAAAUUUAAAAUUAACCCUUUGCUGGUAGUCUCAUAAAAUAGUUUCGACCUUUCGGUAUUCUUAUUUCUAUCUAAAUCCUAGCUAAAAAUUUUCUUUGAAAAUAUAAACCAUUAGUUGGCUGUGGGAAUUUUCCCUUUCCACAUUGACAAAUGCCUUUCUGUGUUUCUGAAUCAGAAGCAAAUGAUUAAGGAGAAAUACAUGUCUAAACAAGACAAGAAUUAGUUUAAAUAGCUAAAAACACUUAGUCUACAUUGUCUUGUCAGCCAGCAAUUGUCAUGUAAACUAUCAUUUUUAAGAGUGCCACUGUGUGGAUUUUUUUCAAGUGGUUAUUACAUUAAAAUUACCUCAUACUGAGGUUUUUGCACUGAAAUAUCAGUUUCAGAUUUCAUGAUUAAUGUACGUGUGUGUGUUUUUAAAGUAAACUUGCAUUUUCAAUAGUUGACCCUAAAUUUCAUAAACUGUACUUCUUUACUCUGGUAAACUGAUGUUUUUGUGCUUAUUAUGAAUUGCUGUAGUUAACUUUGAAUGUAAAACUUUACUUAGAAAUGCAAAAUUUAUCCUUUAAGAUAUAAGUGGUUGAGUGUAUUCCUGAUAUUUCACAUUCUAAAUUAAUGAAAGUAAUGAGAUUGUAAUUAACCUAGGUCAGUUAAUUACAUGCAGUAAAUAUUGGUUGCUCAAAUAUGCCAGAAAUAACUUGAAAUUUUUCAUUUACUUUCAAUAGUAUAAGAUACCUUAGUAAUUAGGCUUGACUUUUCUUUCCAGUUAAGCACUGUGGGUCAAGUCUUGUAGUUCCCCCAAAAGAAGAAGAAAAAAACCACUGUGUUCAGGAUAACACAAAACUUGUUUUGGUAGUACUUCUUUUACCAUAUUGUUUGUUUUCUUUGAUUUGACUAAAUACUGUUAAGGACAAAGAAAACAAUAUACCAAAUGAAAAUGCUUUGAAAAUAAAUGAAAACAGUGCUUUUGAAAAAAGGCUUGUGUAAGUACGACCUUGGAGUCAGCCUUCGUGUUACAGCUAAAAUGUUGGUGCUAUACAUUCUUCUGAUUGUUUACAGAUGUUGAUUCUGCUUAUGCUCCGAAAUGUGCAUGAUGUAUUUUAAGUAGUACUUUACAGAAAAAUCUCUUUAUAAAACCUAUACUCCCACUUAAUAUAAAUUUGUUUGAAUUUAUAAAUACCAUUUGUUACUGUAAAUUCAGCUUAUUCAAAUUAUGUUGACACAGGAUUUAAACUAAUACAUAUUCCACCAAAGCCAAUUCAACGUAUGUAUUAAAAUAUAAGCAGUCAUGUGGCUAGGUGCCAGAUUAUAUGUGUAAUGACAAGAGAAGUUAAUAGAACCUUCCUUCUAGUACUGUAUGGGUACUCUUGAGAAUGAUUUCAUUUGGAUAUAAAGAAGUUAAGGGGCUUCCUGUUACGUUCACAAUAGGAUUGUUUAAAAUUAUUUGGUGUUUCAAAAACAAAUCAUUUGGUUGGAUUCUUCAGGAUCAAGUGGUUUAUAUCAUAGUUGCUAGGUGGUGGGAGAUGGCAUACCUGAAAAUGUAUGUUUGUGUUUGUUGUAUUUUUUUCACAUUUUGUGAGCAAAGCACAUUUAUUAAAAAUUUUAAAUUUUCUAAUA